GUGGCAGGUGGCGGCGCCCAUCUGGGCGGUGGCGGCGGCGCAGGCGGCGGAGGAGGCCGGCCUCUGGAGGCGCUCCCCGGGCCGAGGCCAUGGCUCCGCGUCUGCAGUUGGAAAAGGCGGCCUGGCGCUGGGCGGAGACGGUGCGGCCCGAGGAGGUGUCGCAGGAGCAUAUCGAGACCGCCUACCGCAUCUGGCUGGAGCCCUGCAUCCGCGGCGUGUGCAGGCGAAACUGCAAAGGAAAUCCGAAUUGCUUGGUUGGAAUUGGUGAGCAUAUUUGGUUAGGAGAAAUAGAUGAAAAUAGUUUUCAUAACAUCGAUGAUCCCAACUGUGAGAGGAGAAAAAAGAACUCAUUUGUGGGCCUGACUAACCUUGGAGCCACUUGUUAUGUCAACACAUUUCUUCAAGUAUGGUUUCUCAACUUGGAGCUUCGGCAGGCGCUAUACUUAUGUCCAAGUACUUGUAGUGACUACAUGAUGGGGGAUGGCAUCCAAGAAGAGAAAGAUUAUGAGCCUCAGACAAUUUGUGAGCAUCUCCAGUACUUGUUUGCCUUAUUGCAAAACAGUAAUAGGCGAUACAUUGACCCGUCAGGAUUUGUUAAAGCCUUGGGAUUGGACACAGGGCAACAGCAGGAUGCCCAAGAAUUUUCAAAGCUCUUUAUGUCUCUAUUGGAAGACACUUUGUCUAAACAAAAGAAUCCAGAUGUGCGGAACAUUGUCCAACAGCAGUUCUGUGGAGAGUAUGCUUAUGUAACAGUUUGCAAUCAAUGUGGCAGAGAGUCUAAGCUUUUAUCAAAGUUUUAUGAACUGGAAUUAAAUAUCCAAGGCCACAAACAGCUAACAGAUUGUAUCUCGGAAUUUUUGAAGGAAGAAAAAUUAGAAGGAGACAAUCGAUACUUCUGUGAAAACUGUCAAAGCAAACAGAAUGCGACAAGGAAGAUUCGACUACUUAGCCUUCCUUGCACUCUGAACUUGCAGCUAAUGCGUUUUGUCUUUGACAGGCAAACUGGACAUAAGAAAAAGCUGAAUACCUACAUUGGCUUCUCAGAAAUUUUGGAUAUGGAGCCUUAUGUGGAGCAUAAAGGUGGGGGCUAUGUGUACGAACUCAGUGCGGUCCUCAUACACAGAGGAGUGAGUGCUUACUCUGGCCACUACAUCGCCCACGUGAAAGAUCCACAGUCCGGCGAAUGGUAUAAGUUUAAUGACGAAGACAUAGAAAAGAUGGAGGGAAAGAAAUUGCAGCUAGGGAUUGAGGAAGAUCUAGCAGAACCUUCUAAGUCCCAGACACGUAAACCCAAGUGUGGCAAAGGAACUCAUUGCUCUCGAAAUGCAUACAUGUUGGUUUAUAGACUGCAAACACAAGAAAAACCAAACACAACUGUGCAAGUACCAGCUUUUCUUCAAGAGCUGGUGGAUCGGGAUAAUUCCAAAUUUGAGGAGUGGUGUAUUGAAAUGGCUGAGAUGCGGAAGCAAAGUGUGGAUAAAGGAAAAGCAAAACACGAAGAGGUUAAGGAGCUGUACCAAAGGUUACCUGCUGGAGCUGAGCCCUAUGAGUUUGUCUCUCUUGAGUGGUUGCAGAAGUGGUUGGAUGAAUCGACACCUACCAAGCCUAUCGAUAAUCAUGCUUGCCUAUGUUCCCAUGACAAGCUUCAUCCAGAUAAAAUAUCAAUUAUGAAGAGAAUAUCUGAAUAUGCAGCUGACAUUUUCUACAGUAGAUAUGGAGGCGGUCCAAGACUAACUGUGAAAGCCCUGUGUAAGGAAUGUGUAGUAGAACGUUGUCGUGUGUUGCGUCUGAAGAACCAACUAAACGAAGAUUACAAAACCGUUAAUAACCUGCUAAAAGCAACAGUAAAGGGCAAUGACGGAUUUUGGGUGGGGAAAUCCUCCUUGCGGAGUUGGCGCCAGCUAGCUCUUGAACAACUAGAUGAGCAAGAUGGUGAUGCAGACCAAAGCAAUGGGAAAAUGAAUGGCAACACCUUGAAUAAAGAUGAAUCAAAGGAAGAAAGAAAAGAAGAGGAAGAGGAAUUAAACUUUAAUGAAGAUAUUCUGUGUCCACAUGGGGAGUUAUGCAUAUCAGAAAAUGAAAGAAGGCUUGUUUCUAAAGAGGCUUGGAGCAAACUGCAGCAGUACUUUCCAAAGGCUCCUGAGUUUCCAAGUUACAAAGAAUGCUGUUCACAGUGCAAGAUUUUAGAACGAGAAGGAGAAGAAAAUGAAGCCUUACAUAAGAUGAUUGCUAACGAGCAAAAGACUUCUCUCCCGAAUUUGUUCCAGGACAAAAACAGACCUUGUCUCAGUAACUGGCCAGAGGAUACGGAUGUCCUCUACAUUGUGUCACAGUUCUUUGUAGAAGAAUGGCGGAAAUUUGUUAGAAAGCCUACAAGAUGCAGUCCUGUGUCAUCGAUUGGAAACAGCGCUCUUCUCUGUCCUCACGGGGGGCUCAUGUUUACAUUUGCUUCCAUGACCAAAGAAGAUUCUAAACUUAUAGCUCUCAUAUGGCCCAGUGAGUGGCAAAUGAUACAAAAGCUCUUUGUUGUGGAUCAUGUAAUUAAAAUCACAAGAAGCGAAGUGGGAGAUGUAAACCCUUCAGAAACACAGUAUACUUCUGAGCCUCAACUCUGUCCAGAAUGCAGAGAAGGCUUAUUGUGUCAGCAACAGAGGGACCUGCGGGAAUACACUCAAGCCACCAUCUAUGUACAUAAAGUUGUGGAUAAUAAAAAGGUCAUGAAGGAUUCAGCUCCAGAGCUGAAUGUGAGUAGUUCUGAAACCGAGGAGGACAAGGAGGAAGCUAAACCAGAUGGAGAAAAAGAUCCAGACUUUAACCAAAACAAUGGAGGAACAAAGCGGCAAAAGAUAUCCCAUCAAAAUUAUAUAGCCUAUCAAAAGCAAGUUAUCCGACGAAGUAUGAGACAUAGAAAAGUUCGUGGUGAGAAAGCACUUCUCGUUUCUGCUAAUCAAACAUUAAAAGAACUAAAAAUUCAGAUCAUGCAUGCGUUUUCAGUUGCUCCUUUUGACCAGAAUUUGUCAAUUGAUGGAAAAAUUUUAAGUGAUGACUGUGCCACCCUAGGCACCCUUGGCGUCAUUCCUGAAUCUGUCAUUUUGUUAAAGGCUGAUGAACCAAUUGCAGAUUAUGCUGCAAUGGAUGAUGUCAUGCAAGUGUGUAUGCCAGAAGAAGGGUUUAAAGGUACUGGUCUACUUGGACAUUAAUCUUUUGAACACUUGCUGACUGCUAAGAAAUGACCAGAGGGGAAGAAGAGUUUGACAUGUUAGGGCAUUAAAAGAAAAGGUGGAUUUAAGAAUUAAAUCGUUACAUGACUCUUCCAAAAGGCAGAAAUCCAUUCAAAAGUGACUGUCCCACAUGCCUUAUGUCAAAUAAAGCAGAUUGCACUGAAGGACAUCAGACUUGAAGGAACUGUUUCAAAUUUUAUAUUUAAAGGGGGGCGAUGGGAGGGAAGGGGCAAGUACAGAUUGAACAAGUUUAGUAGCAGUAACCAUAAAUCACGUUUACAUGAGAUUUAUAGUCAUGAGAGGGAAUAAAGUUCUGUUAUAUUUCCUUGCUCAAGUUUCAGACCAGAUGCAUUGGUUCAUAAAGGAUUUGUAUCACAAUAGAUGGGACAACCUUCUGCUCUGAACUAAAAGUAAUUCUUUAGAGACAUAAACCUGCUUACCAGUACCUGUCUUUGAUUCAUAUUCUACUUUCAAUAAAGCAUGAAAGUGAAGAACUUGCCAUAAUUGUGGAAAAUGUCUUCAGAUUUAGACUCCUCUCCGUGUCAGCUCCAGCGCCCUGGCCUUACGCGCCGCCCGGCGGUCCUUCUCUUAGCAUUGGGUAAAGGUUGGGGCACCUGCCGAUCUCCCUGCCGGAAGCAAGGGAUUAUGUCUCAGUUUUGGCUUCAAAGGCUUUUUGCUUUGGUGCAUUUGAGAAAGGAUGGAGAAUGUUUGUCACAUGUGAUGGCGUCUUCUUCCAGUCUCGCUGUUAUUCAAAAGUGGGAAUCAGAUACACCUUGCACGUUUGAGAAAUCUGACUACCUUAUCCGAAGAAUAAAUUGGACUGAAGUACAUAUGGAUAACAAAGGGCCUUUCCUAAAAUUUGUGCCUCCCAUCCUCUAAGCCCACUGUUUCUUGGAUCUCAAUUCUCUUUUUUGAAAAGCAUUCUUCCAAAAUGCCCAGACAGGAUCUGCCUUUUAGAUCACUUUGUUUAAAAAAAAGUAUAUUGAUGGGGUGUGCUUUUUUAUCCAACUCAGGAUUGUCGUUACUAGCAACAAAUAAUCAAUAUUCUUAAGAAUAUUGAAGGAUUUUUUAGUGGAACUUAAGACUGGAGGUUUUUGUUUUUUUAUAAAUGUUUUCUCUGCUGAGAGCAUAUGUAUGUAUACGCUUGUGGCAGAGAUUCUGUCGCGGGCAUUUCCCUUGUUAACACUUUUGGGCCUUGGGUUUCUGCUAGGUUUUUUUUUUUUUUUUUCUGAAAAUUUAAACUCAAAUAAUAGGUGGGGGAGGCAGAUUUCGAUUUGAGGACCAGUAACCUUGGCAGCAUCCCUUUCAAAUAGCUCUUUUUAUCAGAAUAAUUAUGGCUGUUCGCUACCAUUAUAACGUGUUGUUUGUGUUCCCCUGUGUAUGUGAUGUAUUCAGCCUGUGCCCUGAGGAGGCGGGGGCUGUUUAAUUAGCCUGUGUGGGAUAGUGAGAGCUGCGCAAAGGACUCCUCACCAUCCUGUGAGAAGCCACAGAGGAACCAGCCGGGCUGGCUUUGCCAUCAGCAGAGGAGAAGGACUCGGAGUUGAGACUGUCCUCAGUUUUAGAUUUCAGUCAUUUCUUUAGCUCCAGAGAAAUGACACUGGAGCAUAAAAUAAUAACACAUAAAGCAACUUGUUUUUUCCCAAGGUGAAGACUUGUGUAUAAGUUCACUUAGUGCUUGAUGAAGCAGCUUCCUUUCCCUACAGAUAAGCUUGCUGGCCAGAGGAGGUUCUUUCUGGGGGAUGGACAGACACAUGUCAGCAGCCCCCAGAAAUCUGAUAUGUUUUUCCCAAUUUGCUGUUGAUAACAGUUUUUAAAUUUGUUACUUAGGUCUUUUUUUCCUUAUGGAGUGGUACAAAAUAACACCUUUUUCAUAAGUCUUCAAGGGUGAUACUCAGUCUCACUACUGGCUUCUUUGUUAGCUCCGCCUGGGGGUGGAGGUGGGCUGAGCGGGAGCAGGUGGUUCCCGAAGAGUCUGUUCUCAGAGCCGCAGCCCUUCUUCUCCUGCCCUGGCCUGGCUGUUGGUACCUUCCCUUCUUUUACCUGCGCUCCUCAAAAUGUCCCUGGCCCAGUAGCUCUAGGCCCCUGAAUUGGAAUCUGCACCAUCAGCCCCUCAUACGCUCUUAGAAGCUUGAGAAAUCCUGGGCUACAGCCUCUUUCCCCCACAGUAGGCAUAAUUAAAAAGAAAUGUCUGUGUAUGUUUAAUGGCUUUGCAUUGCCACCCUGACCACUUUGUACAGGGAACACAGGUGUAAAAUCGGUAAAGCCCGGUUCCUGUUUUGUCUGUAUUUUCAAAUAGAUGGAGUCCAGUUGUCUUCUGGGAUGUGGCCAUAUUAAAGUGCAGACAUUUUCCUUCAGGUUUGUAAUGUAGUGCAUGUGUACUUUUUUGUUUUAUAUUGGAUCAGUCUCGCAUAGAAGGUAUUACGACGCUCGAGGUUUUUCCUCCUCAUAUUUCUGACCAUUCUUUAAUCCCCAACUCAUGUGUACAACAUACUAUGCUGGUACAAAUUGUUGCCCGUACCUGAAAUGCAGGUUGCCAUUUGAAUGUCUUCAUUCACUGGGGGUAUAAGUAUCUUUCUGUGUAUUAAUGAAUUUUAUUGUUUAGAAUUACUGUUAACUUUUGCCAAAUUAAAAAGAAUAUCCCUUUAUUUCCAUGGAAUCACAGUCCCGAGUGA